UCUGUCGUUUGAAUCGGUAUUUGACGCAAAUGGGGAAUUUCUGAAAUAACUAUGGAAAUCAGCAUAAAGUGGAGCAUGUGCCGCACUUGCCGAAAGAAGGGAAGCGAACUGCAGUCCCUCUUCGAAUCUAAUGCCCAGAAACUGCUGGCCUCAUAUGCUGGCUUGGAAGUGCAGCCCGGGGAUGGAUUGCCUGAUCAGAUAUGCUGGGAUUGCUUGGACAGGCUGGAGGAGGUAGAUCGCUUCCUCAGUGAGUGCAAACGAUCCGACGAGCACCUCAGGACGCUCGUCCGCCAAACAAUGUCCUCGGCAGCCUCUUUUCAUACCCCUGAGGACAAGGAUCCGCCAGCUGGGCAGAAAAAGCGUGCCAGAAAGCAGAACAUUACAGGGAGACUCAUAGAAGAAAAGCCCAUAAUCCCAAAGACUGAGGGGAGCCCUGAGAAACCCCAGGAAAAGGAAGCGAAGGAGGAACCUGUAGAUUUUGUACCCAUUAAGAAAUCUUUAUCCCAAGAGGAGCCAUCAGAUUUCGUGUACGUUCUAGAUGUCACUGCGGAAAGAGAAGGAAACUCUAUGCAGGGAGACUACACCAUCGGCGAUUGGGACACGGAAGAAAACGACGACGAGUUAGAGACAUUUUCACAGGAAGGCGCCGUGGUUCUAGACAGCCUUCAGGAGACCAGUGAGGAGUCCCAAAAGUCGGAGGCAACCCUCGAGUACGAGGUGGAUCUGGGCGUGGCUUGCGUGCCGGACAAGUUCAGAUGCAGGAUCUGCAGCAACACCUACCCUCGCAUAUCUCAACUUAAUGUGCACAUGCAGUUGCAUCGCCGGGAAAAAGCCCACGAGUGCGAGGUUUGUCAAAAGUCCUUCAGAGCUGCCUGCAACCUGAAAACACACAUGCGGACCCACACGGGCGAAAAACCCUACAAAUGUAACCACUGCCAGCGGCGAUUUGCCGAUUCCAGCACUCAUCGCAAGCACGAACGGAUGCACACGAAUGAGAAACCCUACGCCUGCAACAUUUGCGGAAAGAGCUUUUCGCUGUCCACCUCCCGCAAGGCCCACUACCUCCUCCACUCGUCGGAUAAGCCGCACAAGUGCCUCAUCUGCGACAAGGACUUCCGCCUGAAGCACCAGCUCUUGGCGCACGAGAAGACGCAUACGCACCUCAUGGGCGUAUCGAUGGCUAUGGAGUAUAGCGAACUGAUGGAAUAGCUAAUAAAUAAAAAUGAUAAACGUG